ACAAGUCGUUAGCAACCCGGUGUAACCAAUUGAACAGCUCUAUAAGAACAGACUAUAAUAGGACUGUCGUCUCAUGUUUCUCGGUACAGCAAGCUGGCGUAAUUCACGUGGGCAAAGUCGGGUGGGGUUUUCUGGUCUUUAAAAAAAAAAAAAAAAAUGAUCGUGGCAAUUUUCUGCGUGUGUUUGUUAAACUACGCGUCCUUUUCCGCCACCGAGAGACCGGAAACUGAAAAUGCCUGGGAAGAUCAUUUCCCGUCUGAAGCGGAUUUAAAGAUUGCCCCGGAGCAGAAGUCAAACCAUGCAGCUAUUUCCGACUAUAAAUUGCCGCUUUAUGUUCACGGAGAUGAUUCCGCUGCAGUAGCUAAACAAAAACAAUGGUUUCAUUUCAAUAAUCGUGGGCCGCUCCCGCAAGAGGCAAAAGAUGUCAUGUUGCCGACAACGAUUUUGCCACCGGCCCCACCCAAGCCCUCGUUCCCAAUGGUGGAUGCACUGUGCCACAUGGAUAGGAUAUACGUGAGGAUCCUAAAGAACGCUGUCAACGACACCCGAGCUUGGAGACACUUGUACUUCGGGAACUGUCGCGUCAAUGCAGCUCGAGGUCUUCACUAUUACUUCCUCUAUCCUAUUACAAGCUGUGGAUUAAAACCGCAGGUCCUGAAUGACUCUAUAGUGUUCACAAACUUGGUUCGUUACCUGCGUAAAUUCACAACCCAGAGCAACAUCACACGAACGCCGACCCUUACCGUGCCAGUGACCUGCAAAUACCCGCGGUAUCAAAGAACUUACGAUGUUGGCAUUCACCCAAUUCUUGGACGCAACUACACGAUGUCCCCUCCCACUAGAGGAUCCAUGGUUCUCGUUGUGUUGGAUGCAAACUGGGCUCCACUUGGCACUGGGGCACACUUUAAACUUGGCGAAGGUAUGCACUUUGAGGUCCGAGCUGGUGGUGGUCAAAGAGUUUUUGCCAAUCGCUGUUGGAUCACUCCCUCUGACAAACCCAGUACUACGCUCCUCUUCACACCGAUCAAAAACUACGGCUGUAUGGUGGACAGUGUGAACAGUAGCCUGUCCCACUACCACGUGACCACAGACCUUUCUACCCUGAGGUUUAUCAUUGAGGCCUUUGUUUUUCCCUCCAUGCCUGCAGAACAGGCGCUCUCCGUCUAUUGCGAGGUCACUGUUGCGGCCACUGCGACUCUUUACAGGAAGGCCUGCACGUACGACAGGACGUCUGACAUGUGGCAUGAGUUGGACCGUAGAAACGAUGCUCUUUGUCUCUGCUGUAAAAGCGUUUGUCCAGACCCCCCCAGGACUGCAACCCCUGCCAAUAAAGUUUCCACUGAGCCUUUCCUGAGCUGGGAUACGAGUGCGGGCAGCCAGGACCACGCCACGUCCUGGCCGGAAAACGGUAUCCAGUACGAGCCCAGUUUUAAUGGGAAUUUCCCACAGGAGUGGGCUGAGGAACCAUAGGGGUAUGUUAAAUAAGUGAAUAAAAACAACUUGUCCCAGUCUA